AUGGCGUGGGGGCCGAUCGUCAUGGCCCUGGGCUUCGUGUUUGGGGGCCUCGCUGGAUUCGCCUUGUCUCUUGCAAACGACAUGGGCCGCAUCCGACGGAGGCAGUCGGCGGCGAAGAACCAGCGGCGCCGGAUAGACAAUCUCAUGCGAUGGGCGAACUACCACUUCGCAACGAGCCAGUCGCAACUGCAGCUCAUCUUCAAAGUCGUUAUGGAAUACCAGGAGGCAGAGAAGGAGCAGAACGCGAUUCUCUGCGCGGACGCGAGCAAGCAAGUGCAGCGGCACGUCAUGAAGGGGGGAGACCUGGAGUCGCAGAGCAAGAAUCAGACUUCCGAAGACGAGCUCAGUGGGGAGGAGGGCGAGUAUUCCUCUUUCGACAGUGAACUGUUGGAGCUGACGAAGGUACUUGGGAGUUGGGUGGGAGGGCAGCAGCCAUCUUUCCGAAAAGAAGAGGCGGGAUGGCUGCCUCCUGAGGUAGACAGUACAAUCUUUGCAGGGUUGCGCGAAAGCGUCGGUGUGCGUGUAGCUCCACACCGCAGUACCUGCCGCUUUUUCUUCGAAGAGGCCGUUCCCCCGUUCGCUCUGCUUUCGAUUAACUCCGGCGACCUGAAGCCCAACAGCGAAUUCAAUGUCGCUCUACCCCCGGAUACCUCCCUAGAAGGUUACCGUUCAGCUACGCUUCGUCAGACACCUGCACCUCCUAGCAAAAGCGUGCGCAGUGCAGCACUGCCGGAAGCUCCCAAAGCUAUUGGGGCUUCUGUGCCUCCCCCUGGCCAUGACCUUUUCACUCAUGAUUUUUUCUGCACCUGUUUGAUUCCCUCUUCUGUAUUGCUAGGACCUGCCCGUCUGUUCAAGUCAUACGAGGACUUGGUCAACUUCGACACGAGACUGAAGCACCAAACGCCCAUAGGAUCUUAUGAAAUGCAGUUCUUGGAAGAGAAGGAGCCUCAUGACUCGUCAGAUCCCAUGUGGGAGCUGACGGUGGAUCAGGCAACCAUCAAAGUCUACAAAUACAACUCGCCAGACUCCCCUGUGGUCAUGGUCAAGGCCUACGCAACAUUAGAAGGCAUUCCUGUCAAGGUUCUCUGUCAUCACAUCAGGCAUAUUCCUACUAGACUAAAAUGGGACACGACAUUUGGCGACUAUCGGGUGGUCGAGCAGGAUGUCGAUGGAUGCGAGAUGAUUUACUGCCUCAUGAAGGCGCCGUUCCCAGUGUCCAACAGGGACUUUCUUCAGUGGAGAAGGACCGAAGAAGAUCCGGAAGCGAAGGUUACCAAAAUGCUAAUGCGAUCUGCUGAUCACCCUUCGGUUCCAGAGAAGAGCGGAGUUGUCAGGGCUGAGACGCUUAUCUCGGGAUAUAUAAUGGCGGCACAGCCUAACGACGCUUCUUCGUCGACUCUUUUCAUUUUGGCGCAAACUGAUGUAAAGGGUUUAAUUCCCAAGUGGGUUGUCAAUACAACUGCGGCACGAGCACCAGUGGGGUGGGUAGACAGCUUGAAGAAGGCUUGCAAGGCCUACAUAAAGCAGUAUGGCGAUUUCGUGCCACCGUACAAUCCGAUUGCUUGA